GGGUUGGCGGAGGAAGGCGGCUGCUUUUCUUGGAGGAUCUUAUAGACUCCUCCCAGAAGAUCGCCUCUCCUCCUUUCUCCGCAGGGAAGGCCGCCUCUCCUCCUGCCGCCUCCGGGAGAAGGACCGAGGAGGAAAGACAGAGGGAGGAGGAGGAAAGAGCUGGGAUUCCCAUAGGGCAGAAGAGGAGCUCAAUCAGAGAGAAAAAAGGCUGUACAAUCUCAUCUGAGCUACACUGUGGAUCCUCCCUACGUUACCCUGGAGAGGAAGCGACCACCAUGUGCCCUGCUCAGGGGUCUGUGAGCUUCAAGGAGGUUACCGUGAAUUUCACUGACGAGGAAUGGGCCCUGCUUGAUCCAGGUCAGAGAGCUCUGUAUGGUGAGGUCAUGCUAGAGAUCCGUGAGAUGGUGGCCUCCCUGGGAGACGUUUGGGGGAUUCUGGCUGAGGCGGACCCAUCAGAAGUGCCGCCUGAAACAGCUGAGGAGCAAAGGAAGCUGGGGGUUCAAGAUGGAACCAGCACACAAGAGGGGAGACAAAUGCAGAAGGCGGGGAGUGAAUCUGCCGCCUCUCAGGUUUACGGAAAUCAAAUCACCAGAGAGGAGAGGAAGUAUGAAUGUAAAGUGUGUGGAAAGAUGUUUGCUUCUUGCUCAAGGCUUACUUCACCUCAGAGACUGCGCUCAGGUGAAAAACCACACGAAUGCAGGGAGUGUGGGAAAAGCUUCAGUCGGAGUGUCCCCCUUGAGCUCCAUCAAAGAACUCUUACAGGCGGGAAACUGUAUAACUGUUUGGAGUGCGGGAAGAGCUUCGGUGACCGUAGCAGCCUCACUAGACAUAAAAGAACGCACACCGGAGAAAAAGCUUACAAAUGUUUGGAGUGUGGAAAGAGCUUCAGGGAAGGUUACUCCCUUACUCAGCAUCAAAGAACUCAUACAGGGGAGAAACCCUAUAAAUGCUUGGAGUGUGGAAAGAACUUUGGUCGCCUAGGCUCCCUUACGUUGCAUCAAAGAAGCCAUACGGGAGUGGAAACUUACGUAUGUUUGGAAUGUGGAAAGAGCUUCUAUCAGAGUAGGCACCUCGCAAGACAUAAGAGAACCCACACAGGGGAGAAACCUUACGGAUGCUGGGAGUGUGGGAAGAGCUUCAGUGACAGUGGCUCCCUCACUAGACAUAAAAGAACUCACACAGGGGAAAAGCCUCACGAAUGUUUGGAGUGUGGGAAGAAUUUCAGUCGCAGCUGCAACCUUACUUUGCAUCAAAGAAGUCACACAGGGGAAAAGCCUUAUGAAUGUUUGGAAUGUGGAAAGAGCUUCGUUCGGAGUAGUCACCUCACUAGACAUAAAAGAACUCAUACAGGAGACAAAUGUUUGUAUGAGUGUUUGGAGUGCGGAAAGAGCUUUAGUCGCAGUAGCUAUCUUACUCACAUCUUAGGCUUGGAAUGUGAAAAGACAAUGAUUAGUCCUACCAAGAGCUCCUACGAAGACCAGGGCAAAUACUGUGCUCAGUGUUAGAAUUCACUACUGUAUCUAUGGUUAAUUUUGUACUGUAUUUGCUUAACUCUAGUUUUUUGCUUGGUCUGAGCCCCAUUUGCCUUCUAUUGUGGGGGAGAGAAGGGUUUUUGCUCUGACCCUUCCUGUUCAGCCAGUGUCCCUAAGGGGCAGGAGUCCGAGCAGUGGGCAGGGAGGCAGGUAUUGAUAGAGGCGAGCGAAGAGGAAGAAUAAUUAUAUAAAAAAGAACAAUGAUAACAACAGAUGAAAAAGGUGAAAAACAAAAGCAUAAGAUAGGCAUGCAGACUGAGUAGUGGCACAUGCGUUAAAAUAGCAAAGACCAAGUAAAGACUAUCACUUUUAUCAGAUCAUAAUGUACAGUUCCAGCUUUGCCAGGCAAGUGAUGAGGGUUUCCUUGAAAAUGAAAUGCUAAAUCAUAUUUUUAAAUGUCUGGACAUUCUAGUCCUUUUCAAAAUUAUGAGGAACUUUCUCCAUUUUAGCUAUAUUCCAGAGUGAGUGUAAGCUUUUGGGUUGUUUUCCCUUGUGUUUUAAUUACUUUGUGAUGCCCAGAUCCUAUAUAAGGCCAAUUAUUUUGACAUUGGUAUCAUCAAAAAUAUUCUGUAACAUUUUGGACAAUGAACAAUAGCUUCUCCAUUAAUAGUUAUCAUUUCUGUCAAAAUUGAAUUCCAAAAAUCUUGCACUAACUGACAUUCCCACUAUAAGUGAUAAUACGUAAAAAGUUUAUUUCAAACCCUCCAAACAAUUUCAUUAUGCAGAAUAAAACAUUUUUGACAUUUGCAAAUAAGCCCUGUACCAUCUGUGUAAAAAUAAGGCAUUUUCCCUAAGAAAACUGGAAACCAGUUUUAAGGGUCUAAUCUGAUUUUACAAGUAUUUUAUCAUUCCCACACUGAUCAUGUAGAUACGUUAACUAAUGAUAUUUUUAAUCAAAGUUGAACACACGUCCAAGUAUCACCUAACCUCCAAAUUGCAGCCUAGUCUUAUUCUGGUAUUCCAUUUUUCAGUUAUGAAAAUGGAAGUGUCAUAGUGGCAGAAAGGAUGUGAGGGGAGACAGUCUUUGUGCUGAGCACCUCCAUCGCAAGGAACAUCAUGUGCAGGUGUAUUUUGAUACAUUAAAUAGAAUGAAGUUUAUGAGUCAUAGAGGAGGGGAGAGCACACGUACAAAUUCAACACUCUGUUCUGUUGCUGUUCAGUUAAUGUUGUUAAUACUGUUUUACAGAUAUGGAUGCUGUCGUACUCUGUGAAUCCUAUAAUAUGAUUCUUGGUGUAACUGUGAUGUUUAGCUUAUUUUUUAGUUGUUUUGUUAAUAGUGUUACAUAGAUGGUAAUUGUUUUAUUUAAGAUUUGUGAU